CCGGUGCUUUUGUGCAGGUUCCGCUGCAUGUGCUGACAUCAAGGUGCUUGGAGCAUACAUUGAACUGUUUUUAUAAUUAACAUUAUUGUGAACUGUUGUUGCUCGUACCAAACUUUUUGUUUUCAUCACAGCAUCUCGUUUGAUCGGGGAAAGCACUGAGUUGUGUCGCGUAUUAGUGAUUCCAUCGGGACGUUUAACAUUCUAAUUUUAACAGUUACCUAGCGAACCCUUCCAUUGCUGUUUAAGCAAAGUAUUAUUUUAGACGUUAGGAGUAAGAAAAUGGUCAUGGAGGCAUCCCCUUCUCCACAGAAUGUCGGUCGUGAAUUUGUCCGACAAUAUUACACCUUACUUAAUCAAGCACCUGCGCAUCUUCAUAGGUUCUAUAAUCAACAUUCUUCCUUUGUGCACGGGGGAUUAGAUUCCAAUAGAGAAUCGACUCCUGCGAUCGGGCAGAAACAGAUACAUCAAAAAAUUCAACAACUAAACUUUCGUGAUUGUCAUGCCAAGAUAAGUCAGGUCGAUUCGCAGCUUACCCUCGAGAAUGGUGUUGUGGUACAGGUAUCUGGGGAACUGUCUAACGCUGGACAACCAAUGCGCCGUUUCACGCAAACGUUUGUGCUGGCGAUACAGGCUCCAAAAACGUACUACGUACAUAACGACAUAUUCCGUUACCAAGAUUUGAUCUUUCCCGACGAGGAGGAGACGGACGUGGGCGGUGUGGAAGGGGUUGUUGGCGAGUCUGUGGAGAGGGAAGGGGAGGAGGGUGUACGUUCCGAGGCAGAGGAGGAGGAGCACCAAAAUCGAGGGCAGCAACUUACAGCACCUGCUGCGUCGACCGAACCACAAACUCAGCCACCGCUUAUACCUGCACAACAGUCUGUACUUCAGCAACAACAAAUGUAUUAUGCUCCACCACCACAACAAUCUCACGUACAUCCUGUGAUGCAGCAAGUUCUGAACGGUUCGGUUCACGAGGAGACGCCGUUGAUCGCUCAGCAACAACCUCAACAACAACAGCAGCAGCAACAACAACAGCAACCACCGCCACCGCCACCUGCCCAGCAAAAUCAAUACAUAACCGAAUCCACGUCGCAGACAGAAUUCGUCCAAGAAACAGAAAUGGACGUCGCAGCAGAACCGCAACAGCCGGCUGAAAGCGAGGCUCAACCUCAGACAAACGAAACUCAACCGCCCGAGGCUGAUCCGUAUGCAUCUUCCGCGCCAGAAUCCGAACCGGAACACCAAGUGUCGAAUACGAAUGUGACCAGUAGCGGCCCGAAAACGUACGCCAAUCUUGUGAAAUCCUUCCCCAGUACCACUGGAGCGACUAGUCCUCAAGCUCCCAAGUUAUCUAUGUCACCGCCUCCGAUGACGAACUUAAGAUUAGACGACAGGUCGCCGUUGCACCCGACCAGCAGUGGACCAGCGCUCUCGGCAUCGAGCAACGUUUCCACGCCUCAGCAGCAGACUCACAGGGUUGGUAAUCAGCAGCCGCAACAGCAGCAGCAUCAACAACAGCGAGCUCCAAGAGGGGGAGCAGUACAACGAGGUAAAGAAGUUUGCUACGGCGAUCGACGUGGCACGAGACAGAGUCAGUACAGCGACGCUCAUCAACUGUUCCUUGGAAACUUGCCCCAUAACGCGUCCGAGGAUGACCUACGCCAAGUGUUUGAAUCAUACGGUAGGGUGGUAGAGCUGCGUAUACACAGUAAAUCGAACGACAGAUGCAAAGGGGGGGCACAAGGGAACAACACUGGAAAAGUACCUAAUUAUGGGUUCAUCACAUUUGAAGAUCAACAAGUCGUCAACAAAGUGUUGCAGAAUCUGCCGAUUUAUUACCCCGCUGAAAAUGGACAAAAAUUAAACGUGGAGGAGAAGAAGGUCAGGCCUAGGAUGUCGAUGGACGGCAGUGGUGGACGGUUGAAUUCCAACGAUGGCAACAUGAGAUCCAUGGGUGGCCAGCAACAGCAGCAACAACAACGGGGUCCUGUUGGAUAUUUUCCAGGCGGUCCGGGCGGCGUUAUGAGGGGCGGGCAGCACGGAACAAGAGGCGGACGUGGUGGAUUCUCCCGUGGCGGUGAUGGGGGAAGGGGCGGCGGUGGAAUGCGACAGCCCGGUAACCCAAGCAACCCAAGCUACCAGAAUCGUCGCUAAUAUUACAAGCAACGUUUAAGGCAUCUCCAGUUUCUUUCUUCUUGAACAAGUCAUCGGUAUAUAACUACCAUCCUCGUUUCCAGACACAGAAAAACCCAGGACUAUCACAUAAUUACGCUUAAACAUCGCUUGCAUUGUUCUUUAAGAAACAACUGUAGAUGGUGCAGCUCAAAUUGUACGGAAAAAUAACCACGAACUCGAGAAACGGAUGAAAUCGGGUUAUCGCAUUUAAGGUUAGGUUUACCUAGCUCUCGCGACUAACGUGAAUAUAGUCAAAUAACUCGUCGAACGUUCAACACGGAUCCGUUGGAUGUUUGAUGAACGAAAUACCCCGAAAUCAACGUCAGGCAAUCCGCAAACAUCCAACGAUGAAAAUACAGGAAAAAAAAGAAAAAAAAAAGAAAAAAAAAAUGAAAAGAAACGUACAUUCACUUACAUGUAUACAGAGCGACGCGUGAUGAUCUCGUUAGAAAUGCAAGGAGUGUUUCCUCUACCAAUACAGCCCACGUUUCUUCAAGAAGCAGAAAUUGUGAUAAAGUGAAAAAACUGGAACUAACGAAAAAAGGACAAGUAACUCGUACUCUGCAACGUACGAAUAUAAACAAUGGGACAAUGUUUGAAACAGAAGCGCUCGCGCACACACACACCCACACGUCGAUUCAGAGAGACACACUGAAAAAUCAUACGUCGCUCUUUAAUUAUUUCUUUUCUCCCCCCUCCCCCGUUUACCGGUCGCAGUAAGGAGACACGAGCGGUGCAAAUUCCGCUGUCGUAUAAAAUAAGUCACGAGCCAAACUAAGAAAAAGAAAAAAAAAAAAGAACGAAAUUAAAGCGAGAGGAUAAGGAACCGUUGUUUUCUCAACUUUAUGGAGUACCGUCGUAUAACAAUUUCAUAUGCUCUCGAGUUAAUCUUCACUGACUGCCGAUGAAAACGUUCCACCUACGCGUAGAAAGUCGGCAAUAAUGUUUAUAGGUGGUAGUUGGUCGAUGUCGGUUAAGGAGUAAAAAAGCUGUGGCUGUUCUCUGGUCGCGCAUACAAAAAAAAAAAGACAGCCGAUUUUUUUCUCUCACAAUUGACCAAUUAUCAAUCGACCGGUAUCGAUUGAUAAAUGGGACAAGGAAUCUUAGACUGCAGCUGGUCUCGCCGUUUUCCUAAUUCAUUUGCGCGUGUCGCUUAUGCCCUAUUUUUGUUUCAAUCUGCUGAUCUUUUUUUUUUUUUUCUUCCUUUUCUGUUUGAUUUUCUUUUCUUCGUGCAAUUUGGCUCUCGCUUAAUUCCUCUUUUAUAUUCUUCAUUUAUCCCUUAUAAUUUACUCGGUCUUCUCUAACGUUCUAUUCGAAAUUCCAAUUUAAAUAAGGUCCUUAGCAUCGCGGAACUCGUUGAGACUGUAAUUGUCUUUCCACAAACGAUUUAUAGCGAGUAUUAACUGGUGUUUACUCUUGUAACUAUUGUGCAUACAUAAAUACAAGGUACGAUGAGUGUUUGUAUGAAGAUAUUAAACUUAAUUCCACGUCGAUAAUAUGUCGCUUACUAAUUAAGACGGUAGUGUUUUUUCGGAUAAAGAGCACCAGAGGAUACUUGCAACUAUACAGGACGAGUUCUGCGAUUCUCUACGGUUCAUUUUUCUGUUGAAAUUAUCCUCGCAUCGAGUAUGAUUUAAAAGAAAUUGUGAAAGCAACAGUGGAAGAGAAAACAGAUUCAAUUGUAACAAAAUAGCGAUACGGUCGUUGCGCAUAAUACAUGAUCAUUUAUGUGCCAUCUUGUCAAAUUACACCACAAGUGCACGCGUGAAAAUACAGAAUUUCGAAUUCACUGUGUUUACCAUAAGCGUCGACUUAAAAAAUGAAAAUAAGACAGGGGAUAAAUGAAACUUUGUAAUUCGGCAGAAACCAAAAGUGCACAGCGACUAAAACGCAAAACUCUACGACAUUAAGGCUGAGAACAUGUGAAAAGUAAUUAUUUACGUUUCUUAUUGGUCCAUUAAAUUGUUACGUAGUUUUUCAUUAAACAUCCGCAAUAGUUUGUAAUCGAAUGCGUUACACCGAUUAUGCCCUCGAUGGAGCAGUAUCGUCGUAGGACACUCGGUCCGUUUAACCUCAAAAGCAAAAGAGAGCCCCCCAUUUUUGUCAGAGCCACGGGUACGUAAAACUGAUGUUUGUGAAAUAUAAACGCGACGAGGCUGCUUCAUCUUGGUCAUAAAUAAAGAGGCAAUUUCGCGUGGUUAGGUGGCUGAAUUAUUUCUAAUACCCAGCGAUUAGAGUGCUGUCAAAAUGAUCAAGCGUAUGCUCCUUUGCUUUAUCUUAUUCAUUCUUGUUAACGCAGUUCAAAAACGUCGAUCAGUCUAAUACUUUGAAUUGUGAAAAUUUUAUAUUGAAAAUGGUUGUCAAUUACGUGGAUCGAGUCCGUUAUUUACAGUGGGUCACACAAGUAUUGGUAUAUUAUUUUAGUUCCAAGAAACAAGUUGGGUUGCUUCGGUACAGAUCCUUUGAAAAUUUUCUAAUUUUAUUAUUAAUUAAUUAUUAAGCCUACGUUGAAUUUUCAAAGUUUUAAGUUUUCUAGUUUACUAUUUCAAUGUUCGUUCACUAUUUUUUACUAAUUGUUAUACAAAAUUUAAUGACCAUCAGCAUAUUAAUUGUAAUAAGCUUUGAUACAUCAAUGCUUCUCUGAUCCUCUGUAAUUUUUCUUUUUCUCUCAUGCGAGCAUACACAGCACUUUAAUUUUUUACUAUGUAAGAAAAUCUCCAAGAUAUGUAUAUACAGUUUUUAAGUAGAUUCUUUUUGAUAGCCACAGCACCUGUUCAUGAAAAAAUAAAAUUUAAAAAAAAAAAGAGAAAAAAAAAAUACAGAAAGUGUUCAAGAAGCCAGUGAUAAACGUGGGAUUACCUCUUUAUUACUUGAACGAAAGCUCUGCAAAUUUUUAGUGUGAAUGUUUUUGUUUUUAAGCGACUAUUAUUAAUAAUGAUAAUAUUAAUAAUAAUAUUAAUAAUAAUAAUAAUACAAAGAUAAAUAUAAAUGAACGAAGGAAGAUAAAUAAUUAUAAAGGAAUAUGAUAAUUAGAGGAUGGCGAAUAAUAAGUUGUGAAUUUUUGUAGUAUACAUUUUUAUUUCCGGUCUAUUCGGGCCAGUUUGUGUGUACAACCAUGGUCAAACAAACGUUACUACGACAAAAAAAAAAAAA